CUUUUGCUUCUUGAUUUGUUUUGUUUUGGGGAUCAGACAGUUGUGGCAGCUAGAAAGGAAAGCGUUUGCCAGAAGCACCAGGAGCCGCUGAAGCUCUUUUGCAGGGACCACGAAGCCCCCAUCUGCGUGGUCUGUGAGCAGUCCCAGGAGCACCGAUACCACGACAUCGUCCCUGUGGAGGAGGCCUCCCAAGAGUACAAGGAUCAGUUCUGCACUUGUAUGGAGAUUCUGCGGAAGGAGAGGAACAGAAUCCUGGCGUACAAAGACAGUCUAGUAAAGGAGAGCCAAGACCUCCUCGAUGUGUUUGAGUUCAGUGAAGUAAAACCUCACUCCAAGAAGAAAGUAGUGCAGAGAUAA